UUAAAUGUUUAUAAAAAUACACAAUAUAAAAAAAUUACUAAAUCAAUUUUUUCAGAGGACAGUAUAUUUGUGUGUAUUUUGCUCUCUAGAGUGGGAUGGCUUGUAGAUUCAGAUUAUUCUUUCUGAUUUACAAUUUAUGUAUUUUGUAAAAUAGAACAUUGGCAUUAUUUCUUGGGGAAUGCAGUACUGGAUAUGACAGAGUACAUAAUAGUCAUCACAGAAGACAAGCAGGCAGGCACCUUAAGAAAGUGCAUAAUGUACUUACUUGUUUUUCAGCAGAACCAAGUAUCGUCCUACUAGUCCUGAUAUUUUUUUUAUCCUGUUCUUAAAAACACCACCAAUGGGUAACCUUGUGAAUUACCUCAAAACUAAACCAGUUUGACUAUCCUUACAGGUGGAGACUGUUACAGGGGUGUCCAUAAGAGGUCAAUUAGGAAGCAAAUCUCAUUAUGGCACCAUCGGGAAGAAAGCAUGGAGGAAAAGCUGCUAAGGCAGCACAGGAAGAUCAAGCCAUACCUGCCUAUGACUUUAAGGAUGAAAGAAAAGAGCUGAGUGGAUCAGAGGAAGAUAUUAGAGAAGGUGAAACACCAGUAAUGGACAAACAUGGGAAGAAAAGACCUUUGGCAACUACUCACGUGGUUCCAGAUGAUGUGGGGGGUGAAGUACAGAAUAUGUUGGAAAGAUUUGGAGCUGACAUUAACAAGGCUCUCUUAGCUAAGAGGAAAAGAUUAGAAAUGUAUACGAAAGCCUCACUCAAAACCAGUAACCAGAAGAUUGAACAUGUUUGGAAAACACAGCAGGAGCAGAGGCAGAAGCUCAACCAUGAGUUCUCCCAGCAGUUCAUGACUUUAUUUCAGCAAUGGGAUGUAGAUGUGCAGAAAGCAGAGGAGCAGGAAGAAAAACUAUCGAAUAUAUUUCGUCAGCAACAAAAAGUUUUUCAGCAGGCAAGAAUCGUUCAAAGUCAGAGACUGAAAACCAUUAAGCAGCUCUACGAGCAAUUCUUAAAGAGCAUGGAAGAACUGGAGAAGAGCAAUCAAAAUCUUCUAGCUGGUGCGCAAAAUGAACUUCGCAAAGAAAUGGCUAUGUUGCAGAAGAAGAUUAUGAUGGACACUCAACAGCAGGAGAUGGCAACUGUUCGCAAGUCUCUUCAGUCCAUGUUAUUCUGAUGGCUCAAUGGAGAAACAACCUGUACCUAAGUAACACGAUACAAGUAUAGGCAUUAGCCAUAGAGAAGUAUGUUAAGAUUUAAGUGUUUUAAAGUUCCUAUGAAAUGCUUUCAUGGAUUGUUCUAAUCUUGUGUCUGCUAAUGUUUUACAAACGUCUGUUAAUAAAUAUCUUACUUGACAGGGGAGGUAUGGACCCCCAAAA